AUUCGUCAUCGUUUUCCCUUCUGACAGAGCUUUUUAGGCACGAUUUAGUCCGAGGAGUGAACAUCGGUCCAACGUUGUGGAAGUUCCGAUGGCUGUCUCUAGUAGGAGCGCCGCGAGGGCGACUUGAGUCCUGCAACGGAGUUUGGGAGAAGAUCACGCUGACAGAAGAAGAGCAAGAGCAAAACAUCGUUCAUGCCUAUAGGAGGCGCAAUGAUCUAGAUCCGGUGACAGGAGGUUCCACCAUGUUGGAUGAUCCAAUAAAGCAGCAUGAUGUAUGAAACGAAAAAGUGUACUCAUCCUCAAGAAAGUAGGCACUUUCUAAGUAGGAAAGAACCUCUUUUCUUGAGUAUGAGUACAUUUUUUUCUGUCAUAUGAUGGAAACCAGGACGACUCAACAAGAAGAACGUCUACGUCCUUAUCCUCAAGCGCAGUUGGCAAUUUGCCAGAACCACAACCAACCCGUUUCUUGCUCGUCCGUAUGGACCCAGUGAGGAGUGCUCUGCAGUGGUGCAUUCAAGAACACGAACAGCGAAGUACAACUCCUAUGCAGCAGACAGGAGAAAACAGACGAGCUGGAUCAAGAAUCCGUACUUCUUUUAAGGCUUGGGAGUUGACAUCUCUAUGCGCGUCUCUAUGUCUUCUUCAAGUAGGAAAGCCACAGAUAUGCGAGCUAGAGAUGCCAACUUUCAACCCCUAAUUCUUCAGUCUCUCUAUCCUCGUUUUCUGAGUCAGGCAAAGUCGUUUUCCACGCAACUACACCACAAGAAGUGGAACUUCAUGGGCGACUAGGUUUGCUGCAACUAGCUGGUUCGUGGACACAAGGCUCCACUCAAACCAGUGCUGAUCAACUACCUCCAGGCGAGGCCAGUAUUAGAAGUAUUCUUCAUCCUACUGGUACUGGCGGCAGUAGCAGUACUAUGGACGUCGCACAAUCCUUAACAACACUACAUUUUGGAGACGAGCUGCACGAAGAAUACCUGGAUUCACUGCUUGAUGCUGGUGACGACUUCGAUGAUGACCAACAGGCUGACUUGGAGGUAUUCGAGGAAGAAGAAGACGAAGGAGCAGAACGCGAAGAUGCUGCUGAUGGCACCGCGAGAGCGUCUCGACGAUCUUCUGCUAGAAUAUCGAAAAAUGAUGAUAUGAGUUAUGAGCAGCGUUGAAAAUCAUAAUGAUAAUCUAAAUCUGGUGUUCUUUUGUAUCAUUCAUUCUCCCACCAGCAGAAGCAUAGCCCUUUGUUGUUCUUUUGUAGCAUCUGCUGUUCUUUUGUAUCACUCAUCCAAGCAGAAGCAUAGCCCUCGUCUAAUCCCCACAGUCAAUGUCCCGCCGCAGUUCUGUUCUCUCUUCUCGCCGCAGUUCCUUUUUGUCACGUAGCAGCUUUUCCGUUGAGCAGAUUUCACGGCGUAGCUCGGUUUUAAAGCAACAUGGACUGCAGGAUUUGCAGGAAACUUCGCAUCGACACCAGACUAGGCAAAGACGAGUUUUCGCACGCAUCGCAGCUCCAGAGUAUCAGCACAUGAUGCGUUUAUCGGGUGCCGGCUGGUGCGAUGGUGAGUUUCAGCCAUGCAGUGCUGGUGUUGGCGAUUCUUUGGAAGACCUAAGAGUUCGUUUUUCGCCUGCUGAUGUGGAACGUCUGGAGAAAUUUGCCAGUUUGUCGGCACCGAGUUCGAGCUUCUGGGCUUCGAAGGGUAAAAAGAACAAAACCUCUUCAACAACAUCUCCGUCUCCGUUGUCUCCGUCUUCUACAAGGAAAAGUAACCUACUCACUAGUGCCAAGAAGGUUUUUCUCGAGGAUAAGACAUCCGAACACACGAGAGAACAACUAAUGUUCAUGAAGAAUCUGUUUGUGAGGGGAAGAAAACGCACAGGGACAAGCAACCAGCAGGCGUGGAGCCUCGGUAGAAGUCCUAGUGGUCCCAAAUCCAGGACUCCGACUAACCGCACAGGUCAAUCUCCAGUAUCUCCACAACAUGGAGCAGCCCAAAGUCUCGACCAUCAUGAGCAGCUAAUCUCUAUCCAUUAUGAUCCCGGAACGCUUGGUGGUAGUUGGGUCUUGACAGAACAUCACGACCCGAUUUCCAAGGAAGACCUUCAUAGUGCGGAUGGGACAGCUGCUGUGGAUGCUACAGACGAUGAUGACACAAGUUCAACGAAAUCGACAAAGUCGAAGACAGGAGUCCGUUUUGGUGAUGUCACUGGCGAUAACCAAGAAGAUGAUGAAAGUACUAUUCAUAGUACAUGCAUCGGUGUGAUUCCAGAUCCCUUCAGGUUUCAUUGGCGACCGGAAGCAGAAGCGCAGCCUUCGAAAGACGAAGUGCAACAUCUUCUUCAAGAGAACAAGGAUCAUAAACACAAAGACAAUGCAGCAAGUACGCCGGUUGGCUAUGGUCAUGGUCAAGAGUCGAAGUCACCAGACACAGCGGCCGCGGCCGCGGCCGCGGCCGCAGCAGCAGCUGCAAGAUCACUCUUUGUAGAGGAUGAAGUGAGAUUAGCUGAUAGAGAAAGCGCAGCAAGAGCGUCCUUUUUGAGUAGAACACGUAGCACGGCAGCGCAGGAACAAGUUCUGAGGAUCGUCUCGCCACCGAAAGCAUCUACGAAGACUGAAGAGGAAAAAGAACACGAUGAAGAGCAUAUGCGCUUGGAAUGGGAGCAUCAGAGAAGAGAAGAUCGGGAGUGGGCAAAGUUCGAUACGCUUGAGCUUUGUGUUGGCAUGUUUCUCAGUGAAGACUACCACACAUGGACUUCGUCGCUCGUGCAACUCACUGUGGUGGAUGUUCCCGAUGAUGCGAGGUGAAUUUCUUGAGACCUUACGCAGGUUCCUCUCUACAGAAUGCUUGCAUGCGUGGAGUCCGUAUGUUGUACAAGCAAUAACAUGAACAUAUUAAUAAAGAUGGC